AUGCGCAACCUCGUCGUUCUCGGCGGCUCUUCACACCCGGCACUUGUUGACCGUGUAUGCCGCAACCUAAACAUUUCGCCCUGCGAAGCCACUCUCUCCAAAUUUGCCAACGGCGAGACUUCAAUCACCAUCAAAGAAUCUGUCCGUGAAAAAGAUGUUUAUGUCCUGCAAUCAGCCUCCGGAGCUGUCAAUGAUCACUUUAUCGAACUCCUUGUCAUGAUCUCUGCUUGUAAAACUGCAUCGGCACGUAAAGUAACGGCCGUUCUUCCGCUCUUCCCCUACUCAAGACAACCCGAUGCGCCGUAUGCCAAGCGCGGCGCACCUCUCAAGAAAGUCGGUGGAACCGCUGGUUCUAACGGUGCCUCAUCUUCUGGUGCUACAGGUACCAACGGGUCUCAAAAACCAUUCACUUUUGAAUCGGUUCCUUCCUCUCCCAAACCAGCUAAUAUACCCUCUGGGAAUUCAUCUUCUCUUACCCCCCUCGCUCUCACCUCUUCGCUUAACCGUCUCGCGCUUAAUCAACGCCCGGCUUUAGCACGCACAGAUUCAUGGCAACCAGAAGCCCCCUCGGGACAUAUUGAAACAAACACCGGAUACAAGGAAUGGGUUGCCCAACCAGGAACCCUUAUUGCAUCGUUGCUCAUGGCUGCCGGCGCUGACCACAUCAUUACCAUGGACCUGCACGACCCCCAGUUUCAAGGUUACUUUGACGUCCCUGUUGAUAACCUGUACGGUCGCCCAUUGCUGCAGCACUACAUUACAACCUGUGUCCCCAACUAUGCCGAUGAGGCCGUCAUCGUGUCACCGGAUGCUGGUGGUGCCAAGCGUGCUACUGCGGUUGCCGAUGCUCUCGGCAUGCCAUUUGCUCUGAUCCACAAGGAACGUAGACGUGCUGUUCCUGGCUCUGCUACUGGUGGAACUGUGACACCGACACCUGGGUCUCCUGGUAAUGUUUCUGCUGCAAGUAUUGUGGGUGCUGCAGCCCGUCGUCUGGCCACUACCAUGCUUGUAGGAAAUGUUCAUGGCAAAAUUGCAAUUCUUGUUGACGAUCUGGUCGAUACUGCAAACACUAUUACCCGAGCAGCCAAGCUGCUGAAGGAUCAGGGAGCAACAAUGGUGAUUGCAGUUAUUACCCAUGGCAUUUUUUCUGGUGACGCAAUUGAGCGUAUCAAUGCAAGUGCCAUUGACAAGGUUGUGACCACUAAUACCGCACCUCAAGACGAGCAUAUGGCACAGCUCGGCGACAAGCUUGAGGUUCUUGAUGUUGGCCGUGUAUUUGCUGAGGCCAUUCGUCGCAUUCACAAUGGUGAGUCUGUGUCGAUGCUUUUUGACCAUGUGGGUAUUUAG